AUGGGUCCGGGGGUGAAGGGAGAAUUGGGUAAUUGGGUAAUUGGUAAUUGGGUAAUUGGGAUAGGUAGUGUUUCGUUGGCCGGAACGAUUGCCGCUUCAGACCCCGAGGAGGGUUACUGGGUGUUUACGGACCGGGAGCUCUGGUGGGAUCUGGGCGUUGGGAACAGAGGACCCAGGGAUGAAGGCCUGCGGCAGAUCAUCCGAAGGCUUUGGAGCGCGAUGCGAGCGGGAAUUACGAUUUCUGCGCAGGGCGCUAAUUGCAGCGGUGGGUUGAAGGGAGUGUUUGGUAGCAAGGCGCUCAAGAACUCUUGCAAGAUAUAUGUGCAAACUGCAGCGCGUCUUUGUGUCUUUCUCACCGACUGUGAUGCAUACAUGUGCUGGGCAAGUAGGCCCAAGCGCUCAGGAUCCAAUAGUACUUCCACAAACAUCUCGGAGUUCAGUACUAGCGGGUUUAAUGCCAAGGGGCAACACCUCUGCAAUGGUCGUCUCCAGAAACUCCAGGGUGAAACUCAAACAGAGUUGUUGCCCGGGGCGGAGGAGAUAUCCUAUGCGGGUUAUGAGCGAAAAGGGGAACGUCCCAAACGCAUACUUGAGUGUCUUCAGUAUUCGGGAAUGUCGCACGAGGUCCUCUUUCGUCUUCGAAACCAUUGUGCCAUGCGGAACGUUCCAGUCCCAUCCCAGCGUCAUCGUCAUUGA